AUGGCUGCCAAACGUCUUUCCGAUGAUUAUUCCGGCAAGAAUCAAGAACAGCCACCAGCAAAACGAACCAACCUACCGUCUUUUCUUCCAAUGAUCAAGGAAGUUACAAAGAACCCGGAGAAAUUCAUGAAGGACUUUUGCUCCAUCUUGGAACCAAUCCUUAGAAAAGUGGUUUGUGAAGAAGUGGAAGGUGAAUUAAAAAGAAUUCUAUUAAUGUCAACUCUAAGCAAAACUCCAUCUUUUCAAACUGAAAUACAUCCGUUACUAACUUUAAAGUUUUCGAAUAGACUUUGUCUUCCCAUAUUCACUGGAACCAAAAUAACAGACAUAGACAAGAACCCUCUUAAAAUCUUCCUCGUGAACUUAAACCGAGAUGAGAAUUUUGUGUUAUCGACACCUCUAAAGUUGGAACUUGUUGUCAUUGAUGGCGAGUUUUCUGAUGGAGACCAAACCAAUUGGACCUCGGAUGAGUUUGAAAGAAGUAUAGUUAAGGCGAGGGAUGGGAAAAGACCACUAUUGGUUGGAGAAUUGAUGGUUAGUAUGAGAGACGGUUAUGCUCUUGUUGGGAAAAUUGAGAUCACCGAUAAUUCGAGUUGGCUUAAGAGCCGGAAGUUUCGGAUAGGAGUUAGGGUUGUACAAGGGGGUGGAGAUGAUGUUCAAGUUCGCGAGGCUUUGACCGAGGCUUUCGUUGUUAAGGAUCAUCGAGGAGAAUUGUACAAGAAGAACCAUCCACCAAUGUUGCGAGAUGAGCUAUGGAGGCUCGAGAAGAUUGGAAAACAAGGAGUUUUUCUUAGAAGGCUAAACUCAGCUGGCAUUAAAAAUGUCCAAGACUUCUUGAAACUCUAUUACGUCGACCACUUAAGACUUCGAGAUAUAUUUGGAAAUAUGAUGUCGGACAAAAUUUGGAAUGUGAUUGUCAAGCAAGCUAAGACAUGCAUCUUAGACAAUAAGGUCUACAUACAUAGGAGAAACAAUUAUAUCCUCUUCUUGAAUCCUAUUUGUCAAGUGGUGAAGGCUAUAAUUGAUGGCCAAACAUUUCAUAAGGUAGACUCAUCGAAUGCCGUUAUUAGGAGCUUAGUUAAAGAAGCUUACGAUAAUUGGCAUUCACUAGAGGAAUACGAUGAGCAAACUCAAGGUGAUCAAAUGAUAUGUCAACAAUAUUACAACAAUCAUCAAAACAUUCAUACGAGAUCAAACAAUUUCUAUAUGCAUGCUUGUCUACCGGAUAAAUCAAUUAAAAUUGGUGAUACUAAUAGUAAUGUACCCGACAAUAUAUGUGACACACGGCGGUUGACGGAGAAACAAGGGCGGACGAUAAGUGAGAGAGAAUCAUCGGCAACUGCGAGCUCCGACUCCGAUUCCGACGCCGAUUCCGACUCCGACUCCGACUCCGAUCAUCUUAGAGGAACGGAGCCAUUACCUCGGGGAAGGUCCGGCCAGCAGCAUCGAAAAUUAGGUAGAUAUGAUAUAAUCGAGUUUACUUACUGA